CUAAGGAUUAUUCUUUAAAAUUUACAUUUCCACAUUUUCAUAUUUAAGAUAUAUUUGUGUGUUUUCAGAUAAUCACAAGGACUGUUCUGGUGUGUCCUUACAUCUCACACGCCUGCCACAGCCUUUAAUUGCUGGCAUGUACCUUAUGAUGUCUGUUGACACUGUUAUACCAGCAGGAGAGAAAGUGGUGAAUUCUGAUAUUUCAUGCCAUUAUAAAACAUAUCCAAUGAAUGUCUUUGCCUAUAGAGUUCACACUCACCAUUUAGGUAAGGUAGUAAGUGGAUACAGAGUGAGAAAUGGACAGUGGACAAUGAUUGGACGCCAGAGCCCCCAGCUACCACAGGCUUUCUACCCUGUGGAACACCCAGUAGAUGUUAGUUUUGGUGACAUUCUCGCAGCAAGAUGUGUAUUCACUGGUGAGGGAAGAACAGAGGCCACACAUAUUGGUGGCACAUCUAGUGAUGAAAUGUGCAACUUAUACAUAAUGUAUUACAUGGAAGCCAAGCAUGCUGUUUCUUUCAUGACCUGUACCCAGAAUGUGGCUCCAGAUACGUUCAGAACUAUUCCGCCAGAGGCCAGCAUUCCAAUCCCUGUGAAGUCUGACGUGGUUAUGAUGCAUGGACAUCACAAAGAAACAGAGAACAAAGAUAAGACUGCUUUACUGCAGCAACCGAAACGGGAAGAAGAAGAAGUAUUAGACCAGGGUGAUUUCUAUUCACUACUUUCCAAGCUGCUAGGAGAAAGGGAAGAUGUUGUCCAUGUGCACAAGUAUAAUCCUACAGAAAAGGCAGAAUCAGAGUCAGACCUGGUAGCUGAGAUUGCAAACGUAGUCCAGAAAAAGGAUCUUGGUCGGUCUGAUGCCAGACAGGGUGCAGAAUCUGGGGAGAGGGGCAAUGCUAUUCUUGUCAGAGACAGAAUUCACAAAUUCCACAGACUAGAAUCAACUUUGAGGCCAGCAGAGAGCAGAGUUUUAUCAUUACAGCACCCUGGUGAAGGCGCCUGGGAACCAGAACACACAGGAGAUUUCCAUGUAGAGGAGGCACUGGAUUGGCCUGGAGUGUACUUGUUACCAAGCCAGGUUUCUGGGGUAGCUCUGGACCCUAACAAUAAUCUAGUGAUUUUCCACAGAGGCGACCAUGUCUGGGAUGGAAACUCUUUUGACAGUAAGUUUGUUUACCAGCAAAGAGGACUUGGACCAAUUGAAGAGGACACUAUUCUUGUUGUAGAUCCAAAUAGUGCUGCAAUACUCCAGUCUAGUGGAAAAAGCCUGUUUUACUUGCCACAUGGCUUGAGUGUAGAUAAAGAUGGAAACUAUUGGCUCACAGAUGUGGCUCUCCAUCAGGUGUUCAAACUGGAUCCAAACAGUAAAGAAGGCCCUCUGUUAAUCCUGGGGAGGAGCAUGCAGCCAGGCAGUGACCAGAAUCACUUCUGCCAACCCACCGAUGUGGCUGUGGAUCCAGACACUGGAGCUAUCUAUGUGUCCGAUGGUUAUUGCAACAGUCGAAUUGUACAGUUUUCACCAAAUGGGAAUUUCCUCACACAAUGGGGAGAAGAGUCUUCCAGGAGUGGACCUAAACCAGGCCAAUUCAGUGUUCCUCACAGCUUGGCCCUUGUUCCUCAUUUGGGCCAGUUGUGUGUGGCAGACAGGGAAAAUGGUCGGAUCCAGUGUUUUAAAACUGACACCAAAGAAUUUGUGAAAGAAAUUAAGCAUGCAUCGUUUGGAAGAAAUGUAUUUGCAAUUUCAUAUAUACCAGGUUUGCUCUUUGCAGUGAAUGGGAAGCCUUACUUUGGAGAUCAAGAACCUGUACAGGGAUUUGUGAUGAACUUUUCCAAUGGGGAAAUUAUAGACGUCUUCAAGCCAGUACGCAAGCAUUUUGACAUGCCUCAUGAUAUUGUUGCAUCUGAAGAUGGAACUGUGUAUAUUGGAGAUGUUCACACAAACACUGUGUGGAAGUUCACAUUGACUGAAAAAAUAGAACAUCGAUCAGUUAAAAAGGCUGGCAUUGAAGUCCAGGAAAUCAAAGAAGCCGAGGCAGUUGUUGAACCCAAAAUGGAGAACAAACCCACCUCCUCAGAAUUGCAGAAGAUGCAAGAGAAACAGAAACUGAUCAAAGAGCCAGGCUCGGGAGUGCCCGUGGUUCUCAUUACAACCCUUCUGGUUAUUCCGGUGGUUGUCCUGCUGGCCAUUGCAUUAUUUAUUCGAUGGAAAAAAUCAAGGGCCUUUGGAGAUUCUGAACAUAAACUCGAGACAAGUUCAGGAAGAGUGCUGGGAAGAUUUAGAGGAAAGGGAAGUGGAGGUUUAAACCUUGGAAAUUUCUUUGCAAGUCACAAAGGCUACAGUCGCAAAGGGUUUGACCGCCUUAGCACGGAGGGAAGUGACCAAGAGAAAGAUGAGGAUGAUGGAAGUGAAUCAGAAGAAGAGUAUUCUGCACCUCUGCCCACACAGGCACCUUCCUCCUGAAAACCAGGCUUUAUUUAGGUUGAAUGAGAUUUACCAAGAAUGCCAGAUUCCUUUCCCUUUAGCACGUUUAAAGUUCUGUGCAUUUACUUGUAAACUGUACUAGUCUGUGUGAGACUGUACACAUUUUAUUUACUUCAUUUUGGUUAAGUUGUCUUCUGUUUCUAGUUGAGGAGUUUCCUAAAAGUUCACAACAGUGCCAUUGUCUUUAUAUGAACAUAGAAUAGAGAAACAGUUCUCUUCUUCCAUCAUAGUUACUAAUCUGCGAUGGAAGGUUUGCUCACUUACAUUUUUGAGACUUUUUAUGGAUGUAAAUAAUGCCAUUCUCUGCUUGAACACAGUACUUUUCCCAAUAACACUCCCAUUGCCAGUGUCUUUCUUUGGUGCCUUUCCUGUUCAGCAUUCUCAGCCUGUGGCAGUAAAGAGAAACUUUGUGCUACACGACGACAAAGCUGCUAAAUCUCCUAUUUUUUUAAAAUCACUAACAUUAUAUUGCAAUGAGAGAAAGAAAAAAGUCUCUAUUUAAAUUCUUUUUUUAAAUUUUCUCUUCAGUUGAUGUGUUUCUGGGAUGUCUUAUUUUUAGAUGGUUACACUGUUAGAACACUAUUUUCAAUAUCUGAAUGUAAUUUGUGUAAUAAAGUGU